UCUGUAUUUAAAAUUGAAAUUUAGUUUGGAAUUAAAUUUAGUAUUUGCAAUAAAUUGAUUUUCAUUUAUAAAAUUUCAUAAUUACAAACUUUGUAACUUAAAAUUGAGUACAGAAUUUACUAUGGUGACUGUGAACUAAAAGGACCAACAAAUUUAAAAUCAUAUGGUUACCAGAAAAGUGUAAGUCAAUAUUGAAUAUAAAAUUUUAGCGGUCAGAAAGGAAUUGUAAAAAUAAAAAAGCUUUAAUAUUAUUUCUUAAUACUUAUAGUUAAAUUAAACGUAAUGGAUUUGGACGAAAUAGAUUCUACAGAAUCUGCUUAUUUAGAUGUUGAAAUUACAGAAAAUCAGACUGAAGACUCUGAUACUCUACAAACUGAUAAUGUUACAAGCACUACAGAUAACACCGUUCAGCGCACAAGAAUGUUACGUUUACCAUUAGCAAGAAUUAAAAAUAUCAUGAAGCUAGAUCCCAGCUCUUCUAUUAUUUCUCAAGAUGCAAUCUUCUUGGAAGUGUUUUUAGAAUAUAUGACUAAGGAAGCAAUGAAGCAACUAAUUUCUGGAAAACGAAAAACCUUAUUAAAAAGAGAUGUUGAUAAUGUUGUGGACAAUAAUCCCAAUUUAUGUUUUUUAGAUGGAGCAUUAGAAUGAUUCAAUGUGAUUAUGCCAGGAAUCAUGUUUCAUUCUAUGGAAGUAAUUUUUGUAACGAUUGGUAAAAAAUGAUGUUUAAUUUUGUAUAAAUUUUGUAAAAUUUUUCUUUAUUAUAACCUAGAAGUUGAAUAUAAGAUACUUACAAUAAAAACAAA